UAUAAAGGAGAAAAUAUUAAUUCCCCCUCGCCGUGGGCCGUGACGUCACUCUAGGAAGUCAUUGUAGAGCAACAGUGGAGCGAUUAGCAGCAAAAAGGGGCAGCCUGAUGUCGAGGAGUGUAGCUAUAUCUCUCUAUGCGCCUCAACUUUUCACACUAAGUUCAACAUCCAAACACUGACGGCGGCGUGGAGUACAGACUCUUCAGCGUGGACCAUCUACCGUGGAUUUUCCUUCUUCCCUGUGGUUUAUUCGACGCGUAUUCUUGAUUACUUUACUUUCAGCGCGGACGAGAAGAAAAAGAAAAGCAUCUGUUAUGAAGAAUCCGUCCCUCCUUUCUUAACAUGGAAGCGUCCAGCGGGUCCAGCUUUGGGAUAGACACUAUUUUAUCCAGCGCGUCCAACUCUGGUAACCUGAUGAACGGAGAUUUUCGGCUGAACGACAGCAGGACAGCAGAUUUCCGGAGCCAGGCGACCCCGUCCCCGUCAUGCUCGGAGAUAGACACUGUCGGAACGGCGCCCUCAUCCCCCAUCUCGGUCACCAUGGAGCACGGCGCCGACGCGCACCUGGUCCAGGACAGUCUACAGCAGCAUCACCACCACCUCCAUCACCACAGCAACGGCCAGAGUUUGUCUCCGCAGCAGGGGCCGCCGCUCGCCGGCUCCGGUGCCCCGAGGACUGCAACCUCGUCCUUUCUUAUCAAAGACAUUCUGGGCGACAGCAAACCGCUGGCCGCCUGCGCACCUUACAGCACCACGGUGUCAUCACCGCUUCACACGCCAAAACCAGAAAGUGCCAUGGCUCCGGACGGCUUCAGGCCCAAACUGGAACAAGACGAGAACAGAAGCAAGUUGGACAGAAGAGACGACAUUCAGAGUGAAAUGAAAUGCAACGGGAGCAAAGAGGAAGGAGACCGGGAGAUAUCCAGCAGCAGAGACAGCCCACCAGUGCGCACGAAAAAGCCUCGCAAAGCGCGCACAGCCUUCACCGACCACCAGCUCAACCAGCUGGAGAGAAGCUUCGAGCGGCAGAAAUACCUCAGUGUGCAGGACCGCAUGGACCUGGCGGCGGCCCUCAACCUCACAGACACACAAGUCAAGACGUGGUACCAGAACCGAAGGACGAAGUGGAAGAGACAGACGGCGGUGGGACUGGAGCUGCUGGCGGAAGCAGGAAACUACUCGGCCUUACAGAGAAUGUUCCCGUCGCCCUACUUCUACCACCCGAGUCUGCUCGGAACCGUGGACAGCAGCACGGCGGCCGCGGCGGCUGCGGCCAUGUACAGCAGCAUGUACCGGACUCCUUCGUCGCCGCACCCCAGCCUCCAGAGACCCCUGGUCCCGAGGGUGCUCAUCCAUGGCCUUGGCCCCGGGGGGCAACCGGCCCUAAACCCCAUGUCUAACCCCAUGUCCGGCACACCGCACCCGCGAUAAAAACAGAACAAGUGAUGUGAGUAACUGCACUGGAACCACAUUACAGGACUGCUUUCUCACCCGACCCCCCGAAAACAAAAGAUAAAGACAUUUUUACAAAAGGAGGUAUUUAAUAUCGGCCCAAAAAAUAGCCUAAAGACUGUUUCUGUCCGGGCCGAGACAGACGGACCACCAGGACUACUCGUGUCUGAUUGUUUGUUUGUUUGUCUUUUGUACAAAUACACUUACAUUAGCAAAUAAACUUAUAAAGUUUAUUAGAUGGAGAAGAACGGAAUGAAUAAAGACGUAAUGAUACUA